GGAACACGAAAGUAAAUCUUAAAAAGCUAUUCCUAAAUUUAAAUGGAUAGCAAAAUCAAUCGUGUGUAUAUACAGUCACACGGUCGCAAAAUUCCCUCCUUUAAUUUUUCAUCUUCUUGUUCCCCAAUUCGUUCACCGUCGCGAACCCGUGAAUUCUCACGAUGACGGCUGACGUUUCCUCUUUGGGAUCCUUCAAUCGAAGGCGGAUCAUCGGCGCCGUCGAUCACACCGCCAGCAUCGACCGCACGGCCAAUAUCGAGGAGAACGCAGACGAAUUCUACGACUUCACCCCAGAGGAUUACUACCGCAUUCAGCGCCCGAGACAGCAAGAAGACAAGCUCCUCAAAACGCAGAAGAUUAGAGGGGCAGAGGACGCAAAACGCAGGUCGACGAUCACAAAGGCGGUGAUUAGGGUCAGGUUUCCGGAUAACCGCACAGUGGAGGCGACCUUUCACCCGUCGGAUAAAAUCCAGAGCUUGUUGGAUUACAUGAGCAAAGUUGUUGCUCGGCCGGAGUUACCGUUUUACUUAUUUACUGCUCCGCCGAAGCAGGUGACGAGAGAAAUGUCGCAGGAUUUUUACUCGGCUGGAUUUGUUCCCGGCGCAGUAGUGCAUCUUCUUACGUAUGGUGUCCCGAACUAACGUGGACCAACGGGGUACAAUGCGCCACUUGUGGUCACCAUUGUCCUUGCCGGGAUUUUGUUUUCUACCCUAUGAUUACAUGAUGCUUAAUGGAAAUAAAUCUUCUUGUUCUAUGAACUAA